AUGACAUUAAUGGGAUUUUGUCUUCCAGCACAUGACAUGAGUGAAAAGAUCAGUUACCAAAUGACAAUUCUUCUUUCAAUUUGCUUUUUUGUAACAAUUGUAAGUGAGAUGACUCCACCGACUUCUGAAGCUGUUCCAAUACUCGGUCUUUUCUUCUCAGUUCUCACACUUCUUGUAUCCGUUUCUACAUGUUUCACUGUCAAUGUGCUCAAUUUUCGUUAUCGUCAACCUGGAAACAAACAUAUGUCAAAGACGUUCUAUUCUAUUUUUCUCGUUUGGCUGCCCUGGUUUCUUUUGAUGAGAAGACCAGGAGUAAGUUAUGAAAGAAAAAAGGAAAGACGACUGAAUGAGGAAAAUGAAGAAAAUGAGACAAAUGAUGACGCUGUUGAUGUAAAUUAUCCUUGUUGUUGUACACAUGAUGACUCUCCGGUUUCAAUUGCAACUACAACAUCUACUUCAUGUAAUACACACAAUUCGGGCACUCAACCACUUUUAAGUCGAAUGUACAGCAUGCCGGCCGAGCAUCUAAACCUCUCAAGAAAAGUCGGCGAAGGAAUUCUCCCAAAACAAUUUUCAGUCUUCAAGAGAACUCAAAGUCAACGAAUUCGUCGAGUUACCCAGUUUGAGAAAUACAUUCAAAAAUGUAAAGAGGUUGCCGCCGAUCAAACAAAUUUCUAUUAUUGUGAAUAUGCAGUUGCUGUUAUUGACUAUUAUACACAAAUCCACAAAAGAAUGAGAGAAAUUCGUCGAAGAUUGGCAAGGAAAAAGAUCAUUGCCUAUAAAACGGAAGAAUGGAAAUUUGCGGCAAUGGCUCUCGAUCGUUUGUGUAUUGUACUUUUUACCAUUUUCUUCAUCACAUGCAUUUUCUCGAUCUCUCUUGCUACUCCCAACAUUGAUUUG